AUAGACGACCCCACUCCAAUUACAGACAGACUUGCAAAAAUUGAAGAAGUCAUUAUUCUCAUGAAUGAAUAAUUAUGAAUAAUAGACUAUAGAGAUUAUCUUGGUUAGCUGAUCUUCCUCUUCUUCUCAUUCUCUGUUAUUUUGUUUUAUAAGGGUUUUUGCUAUCAUUCUUUGUUAUUUCAGGAAAAUGGAGACCGGGCAUCUUGGAUUUCUCCGUUAUCUGUUCUACUCCUUGUUAUUCAUCCCUGUUUUUGUGUUCCUAUUUCUUCUUGGGAUCAUUAAAGUUGCUGUAUUUUGCCCAUUUGUAUUUCUAGUGAUUGCAUUUGGAGAUACAUGUAUUAUUUUUGGGCUACUGCCGAUGCACUUAUUUUGGACUUCAUACUGUAUUGCCAAGUCAAAGAAAUUCGGCCCGUAUAUGAAAUGCUUGUUGAUUCUAUUAAUGCCGAUUCCAAUAGCGUUGUGGGCAGUUGUGGGUGUAGUAGGAAGUGUGAUUAUGGGUGUUUUUUAUGCCUUCAUUUGGCCUGUUAUGGAGACAUUUAGAGCUACUAAUCAAGAAGGCUAUGUUAAUAAGUUGGUCGCCUGCUUCACGGAUGGCACUUGUAGUAUUCUUUGGGGUGCAUGCACCAUCGUACGCGACUUUGCAGAUUUCUCCUAUUAUUCUUACUUCUCAGUGAUGGAUGAGUUGCUCGAGGUGAAAGACUGUGAGAAGCCGAUAGAACUCAAGGUCUUGCAGAUACCAGGAUGCAUAUUGGCAACAAUUUUCGGAUUAAUAGUGGAUGUUCCUAUGAUUAGUUUGAUAGUGAUAUACAAAGCCCCCGUCAUGUUGUUUAAAGGAUGGCAUCGGUUAGUUGAAGAUCUUAUUGGAAGAGCGGGACCUUUUUUGGAGGAUGUUUGUGUUCCCUUUGCUGGUUUAUUAAUUUUGAUGUGGCCGUUCACUGUUAUACUAUCUGUUUUAGUCGGAAUCAUUUCAAGCUUCGGUUUUGGAGGUUAUGCCGCUGUUGUUGCGUAUCAGGAAAAUUCAACAAAGAAAGGAUUAGUGUAUAGCAUUGCUUGUUUGUCCUUGUUUGAUGAGUACACCAAUGAUUUCCUCUUCCUACGAGAAGGAUCUUGCUUCCCCAGAUUUAGGUAUAGGGAGUCAACUGAAGCAAGUUUACCUCUGCUUCCUGUAAAGGAAUUGCACGAAAGGAUUGAGUCUGUUCAUGGUGCAAAACCUCCAUUAAGAACAGCCUCGAUGAAAUUGGAGGAACUGAAAGCUGCCGUGAUUUGGGAUAAUUUCUUGGAGACUUGUGAGUUUUCUGGGUUAGAGCUCCUUACAGAUGGAGCUAUUGGGAUAAUGGACCUCAAGGAAUGGAAAAACUCUACCAACAAAAAGACGCUUACGAUUGGGAUUCCUGCAUAUGCAUUUCUUCGUUGCUUUCUUCACUCCAUCGAGAGUGGUUCUGAUGGAUUUCUCAUGCGUGAUAAUGUCCAAGUUACAGAUGUUAAUAGACCCGAAGGAAGAGUAUUUGAUUGGUUAUUUGAGCCAAUGAGUAUAAUGAAAGAACAAAUUAAGAGUUUGCAUUUACAAAAAACAGAAGAACUAUAUUUGGCAAAGUUAACUCUAUAUUGUGGUGAUACUCAAAGACAGAGAGUGGAAGCAUGGGAAAAUGGUGGAAUUCCUCCCUAUAAUGAAAUUAGAAGAGCUCAGUUGGAGGGGAUAACAAGAAGGUUACAUGGGUUUUGCCUGACACUCUCAAGGCUGCCAACAUUCCGGCGCAGAUUCUGUGAGGUGGUAAACACAUUGGACCAAGAAGCAAAGCGACAGUUCAGUGGGUAUGGAAGUGAAAGCUUUAUAGAAUCAACUGUAUAGUUUCUUUUUCAAUUCAAAUUUGUCUGUUUGAUUUAUUUAUAUCUGGAGGUAUUUUUUCAUAUGUAAACCUAACGAAUAAAAGUGAAUGUUUUCAAUUAUUGUCCAUAAACUACUGAUGAAACUCAACCGCUUAUAAAGAACUAAAGAAGCAUUUUGGUUAAUCAUGCAUUAACCAAAUCUU